CUGUGCCUUCUGAUGGUCUUUUUUGCUCAGCUUCAACGUGUUCUGAGGCACUUGAAACCUCACUGGCAGCUCAGAAGCUUGUCUGGGGCCACAGGCCUUGGCAUGGACCUAACGGGGCAGCCAGUGGCCAGGCUGGUCCCUCUCCUCCUCCUCCUGCUCCCUGAGAAGGGCGCUGAAGCCUGUGGUACCAGCAGGUGCUGUUUUCAGGACCCGCCAUAUCAGGAUGCAGACUCAGGAUCUCCUCCAGGCUCAGCCUCGGGCCCCAGAGACCUGAACUGCUACCGGAUUUUUGGUGCCGAUUAUGAAUGCUCCUGGGAGUAUGAGGGCCCUGCAGCUGGGGUCAGCCACUUCUUGAGGUGCUGCCUCGGGCCUAGGCGCUGCUGCUACUUCGCUGCAGGCUCAGCCACCAAGCUGCAGUUCUCUGACCAGGAUGGUGUAUCUGUGCUCUAUAAUGUCACAUUCUGGGUGGAAUCCUGGGCUACCAACCGGACGGAGAAGUCACCCGAGGUUACCCUGAAGCUCUACAGCUCUGUUAAAUAUGAUCCUCCGCCAGGAGCCAUCAAAGUGUCAAGGUCAGCAAGGCAGCUGCGCAUGGAGUGGGAGACCCCAGCCCGUCAGGAUGACGCCGAGGUGCAGUUCCGGCACCGGACACCUGGAAGCCCAUGGAAGUUGGGCGACUGCGGACAUCAGGAUGGUGCUGGCUUCGAGUCAUGCCUCUGCCCCCUGGAGAGAGACACAGCCCAGGAAUUCCAGCUACGGCGACGACGGCGGUGGCUUGGGCCCAGGCCAGGGACCCCAGGAGACCCCUGGAGCAGCUGGAGCAGCUCUGUGUGUGUUCCCCCUGAAACCCCCCCACAACCUGAGGUGAGGUUCUCGGUGGAUCCACUUGGCUCAGAUGGGAGGAGGCGAGUGACCCUGCAUGGGCAGCUGCCCCAGCUCCAACUUCCAGAAGGCUGCCGUGGGCCCAAGUCUGGCGCAGAGGUGACCUACUACCUCCACCUGCACAUGCUAUCCUGCCCGUGUAAGGCCCAGGCCAAAAGAACCCUGCGCUGGAAGAAAACGCUUGACCUCUCGGGUGCUGCUUACGACCUGGCUAUCAUCUCCUGUGAUCGCUUCGGCCCAGGCCCCAACCAGUCAUGGCACAUUCCUGCCCACACGCACAAAGAACUAGGAGCUCUGAAUAUCAGUGUCAGGGCCAAUGGGACCACUAUGAGUUGGCCAGCCCCAGCCCCACACCUGACGUACUGCAUCGAGUGGCAGCCCCAGGGCCAGGACGGGAGCCCUGCUACCUGCACCCUAACUAUGUCCGAAGACUGGAACCCUGCUCGAAUUGCAACCCACCACUGGAGCCAAGUAUCUGGGGCAAUGUGGCAGAAGACAUGUUACCGCAUCACCGUCUUUGCCUCUGCACGCCCAGAGAAGCUCACCUCAUGGUCCACCGUCUUGUCUACUUACCACUUUGUGGGAAAUGCCUCGGUGGCAGGGAGCCCACAGCACAUGUCGGUAAAGAUACUUGGCCUGAACUCGGUCUCUGUGGACUGGAUGCCAUCCCUGCUGAGCACCUGCCCCGGCAUCCUGAAGGAGUAUGUCAUUCGCCACCGAAAUGAGGACAGCGACCAGGUAUCUGAGCUGCCCGUGAAUUCCACAGAGACCCAGGUCAUCCUUGGUGGCUUACAGGCUGGCGCAGCCUACUGCGUGCAGGUGCGAGCAGACACGGCAACACUGAAGGGUGCCUGGAGCCAGCCCCAGCACUUCCGCAUGGAAGUCCAGGUUUUCGAGUUGUCCGAUUUGUCCAUUUUCCUCGCAUCUCUGGGGAGCUUCCUGACCAUUCUUCUCCUGGGCGUCCUUGUGUAUCUCAGCCUGAACAGGGCCUUUCGGCACCUGUGCCCACCACUGCCCACGCCCUGUGCCAGCACUGCUAUUGAGUUCCCUGGAAGCCAGGGGAAGCAGGCUUGGCAGUGGACCAGCUCAGCAGACUUCCUGGAGGAGGAGGAGGAAGAAGCCCUGGUGGUGACCAUGCCCUGGGACAAAGGCAAGGGGCCUGACCUGGACACACCUGGGUCUCUCAAGGACAAGAUGGAGCUGCCUCCGAGUGCCCCUGAGCCAGCCAUAGACACAGAGCUGCCCUUGGAGGAGAGGAGACAGGUGCAAGGAUACCCUGAGGCGGGGGCUCUGUGGCCUAGGGAGCAGGACAGUCUGGAGGGCAGCCCUGCCCAGGCAGCUGGACUGCCACUGCUCCUGGAAGACCUAAUGCAGAGCCCCAGGUCCUGAGGGAGAAAAGGGAAUGUCCACCUCAUCUUAUGGACAGGAAGACUGACGAUCGCAAUUAUGGUGACUGGUGAUUAUGUGCUGAUUGCACACCUAGCCUGUUCCAUGCAGUCUCUCACAUGAUGUCUGAGGUACAUGGAUAUCCUAUUUUACAGAUGUGACCACUGAAGUGCAGAGAGGGUGAGUGGCUCGCCUGAAGCCACACAGCACAGGGGGAGUUAAACUCCGGCCAAGUGACCCAGAUCCCAUUUCUACCUCCCAGCCUCUGCCACCAUUGCACCCCCCCACCCCCCCGCCACUUUGUCCAGUACCUGUUGCAAUAUGACCUGUGAGGGGAAUCUUAGAAACCGCCAUGAAACAGAAGCUGCUACAAUACAUCAGGCUGGGCCUGACAUCUUGGGCAGGGACAGGCACCGUCAUUGGCCUGUUGGGGUGAGGCUAAGCUGAUCCCAGAACCCUGGGCUGGGUGUUCUGUCCCAGCAGCACUGGAAUGGGGAGUCUGGGAGCUCUCCCCUACACUGCAGGGUUUCCAGGCUUAGAUGAUCUAGGGCUGUAACAUUCCUGGGGAGAUGAACGCCUCUCCCCAGCCUCAGUCUCCUCCCCUGUAAGAUGCAGGUGAUAAUGUUGACUCCUCAUAGAGCUGUUAGGGGGUCUAAGCCUUAAUAAAUGAGCCUUCUCUUUGGUGUCUUUUCCCUGG